AGUCAUUGCCCGACUGCAGUAAAAGGAAUACAGUUUGACAUCUUUCCUCAAAAGUAAAACAAUUUCAUCAAAUCAUCCGACAAUGGCCGACUUCAGACUUUUGGCUCGCACUCACGGCUUCAUGAAGCUGGCUGAAAUUAUUAUUGCUAUUGUCUGCCUGAUCCUGAUCCGCACGUACUCGUUAAAUUUCGGCGGUGACGUCACAACGGGAUCGUUCCACGAUCGCUACAAUGUCGGAUUGGUCACGGUGGGCGGUAUGCUGCUAGUGUCUCUGCCGCUGCUCAUUUCCUACCUGUGGAGCACUUCGGGAACUUACCAGCCGUUCCUCGAGAUCAUCUACAACACUUUGGGUUUCAUCCUCUUCUUGACUGUUGGAUCGCUGGCCUUGGAUCAUUACCGCAACUACGCCGGAGUGACUCACACCGGAAACGACAACAGGGGAGACACCAAUCCCAACAACAACUGGCUCGGAACUAACAACUCGACAUGGGCCGAUUCCGGAAUCGGUAAAGCCUUCGGCUUCGGCAACAACACCGAAAAUGCUAAUGCUGGAAAAGCUCUCGGGGCUCUUUGCAUCAUCAACGCUUUCUUCUAUUUGACCGAUGCUGCCUUGGCACUCCGACAAGGUUCCACCGUCUGAACGAGCUGCUGCGUUAUCCUCAUUCAAUCACGAGAAAUUCACAUUUGCUCGUGAAAAUGAAUUUUCAAGAAUAGCUCGUCAAACUUCCUUAUAUAACAAAUUUAUUGUUUUUUUUUCCUACAUGUGAAUUUAGAAUUUUCUACCGUGUACGUUUUAUGUUUGUUCUUAAAAAAUAAAUAUAUGACGUCAUGGAUAGUACAAUAA